AAAAGUGUGCUAUUUUUAAUGGUAUAUUGGAAUAUUAUACAGCAGGAACUGUACUGUCCAACGUCGUAACCGCAACGGGCGACCAAUUAUAUUAAACACCUUAAAGUGGAAUUUAUACAUGAAUGUGUCAGAACUUGAAAAAUACCGAUUCAAUAUUAUUAUACACCUGCAAAUUAGAUAGUGAAUAUGGAAGUAAACAUAGGAAAAUGUUGAAAAAACCGCCAAAUUAACUCUUAGAAGACACUUUGUAUAGUUAGUUUCUACCAAUACUAUCAACACGGCAGCCGAUAUCUAGUCCUUUACCUUAUGAAACCAUUACCAUAACAGUUAAAUAAAAAAAUUGAUGGCGAUAAAGCAUUUGUGGUUAGUAACGGAUGAUUGUACAAAAACUUAAUCUCGUCUAUAAAUUACGCAUGAAAUUACACGAAAUACACGUGAAUUGUUGAAUAUAAUGUGAAAAAAUGCCAGCUAAUUUAGAUGCAGCACACAGCAGGAAGAUGUUGAAUUGAAAGAAAAUAAUAUACGAAACAAUGAAAUCCUCUUUUCUGGAUACACAGAUUGUGAUAUCACAGAAUAUUAGUUUUAGAAAAUUUGUUAAUAGUUAGUAUCUCUACUUUAUCUGUGACAUAAAUGUUUUAGAGUGAACAGGACAAAAAAUGCAUAUUUGUCUUUCUUUUGCGUACAUACACAAAUUGAUUACUUUCUGUCGUAUGCCUUCAGGAACUGAAGCCAGAUAAAGUGUUGGCUUAAGAAGUAUUUUGAUCGGUAAAAGUUGUAAAAUCCCUUUUUGGUGUCUUAAAGAUAGUGAUGGUGAAUUGCAAUGUAUAUGGCUGUAAAAAUCGCACUGAACGAAAUCAGCCAAACAUAACCUUUCAUCGUUUUCCCAAUAAUCCACAAUUAAAAGAUGCAUGGAUUGAGUGUACUCGUCGAAUUAAUUGGAACCCAAAGAGUCAUUCUCGGAUUUGCUCUAAACAUUUUGACCCUAGUUGCUUCCAGCAGAAGUCAAAUAGAACCUACUUGAAUCCACAUUCAAUACCUACACUUUUCAUUAAGAAAAUGUCGGAUAAGAGGAAACUAUACAAAUGUGAUAAGUGUAUCAGAACAUAUACAAAUAGCAAUGCUUUGGAGAAUCACAAGAGAGUCAUGCACUGUAUAGUAAAUAAUGCACCUCCAAUGAAAUCACGUGGUAAUAAAAUUAAAGCAGCAACAGACAAGUUUGAGAGAUACCAGUGCCCUGUAUGUAAAGCGAUAUUCCCUUCAAGAUUUGUUGCCACCAAGCAUAUAGAGGUUUAUCAUACUAAACAUUUUAAAGCCAUUCACCCAAUAAAACUUCAGGAUUGUCCAAAUUGCAAGCAGAAAAAUAGAAAUUUAUCUCUACACAAGUGUACCUGUGACAAACAGAAAAAUAAAAUCGCUGUAGGCUAUAAUAUCACCAAUGAGAAACAGGGAAAAACAAAGAAAGUACAUUAUUUCUGCUAUUUGUGUAGCAAAGUUUUCAAUAAUGCAAACAAGUUCACUGUUCAUGUGGAGGCUCAACAUAACAAAAGUGUGGAGACCAUGUUCUUUCCCAAUAUGACACAGUUCACCCUAUGGAAGGAGCAUAUAGAGAAAUUAGCUUAUAUUCAAUACCGUCUAUGCUCGGAGGAAAUAAAUGGAAGGCAAUUUUACCAUUGCAUCAACACCAAAAUAACAGACAUGUUCACUGAACGAUGUCCAUCUAUAAUUGUUGUACAAUCGUACCCAAAAGGCAUUCUAGCCAGAUUGUAUAAAACCCAUGCUAAUCAUAAAACUUGUGAGUAUAACUUAGCAAAAGAAUUCCGAAAAUAUCGUAUCACAGACUUUCUGCAAUCAAUAGACAACUCAAAUGGAUAUGAUCCAUAUUUGGAUUUUAAAAUGUUAUUGGAAAAUAUACUGGAGGCAGCGGCUAAAAUAAAAAUAUCUGGAUUGAAAGAACUUGUGGAAAAAGCAUUAGAAAUGACAAUAAUAUUAAAUACAUACGACGAAGAUGACGAUCCUUUAAAGACUAAUCACGAUCGAACAAAGUCCUUGACGGAUGCAGAAAUAACCGAAGUCUUAAAACAAGAAGCAUCAGUGACAAUUAAGAAAGAAGAUUUAGAAUUAGAUAUGUCGGAGCCGCUGAAGAAGAAAGCCCAUAUGUUAGAUGUAUCUCCUAGAAUAGUAAAUACUUACUCCCUAGCGGAAUAUCCUGUUGAUCAACAAUCGGACACAGAUUCUUGCGACGAUAUUGAUAAUAAAAUUUUAAUUAGUAAUUUUGUAGGUAAACAGAAAUCUAAACCUUGUGAUACUAAAACAGAUUUACUAGACGAUAAAGACAAGGAGUUUUCUAGUUUUAACGAUACAUAUAGGGAUUUUGUAAGAAAGAACUUACGUUUAUCCACACCAAUGGUCACUCGGUCACGUGGAUCACAAAUAAAUUCAAAAAAGAAUUGCAGUCAGGAAAAUAAUACAAUCAUGAGUACUGCUGUUGAUGUAACUGGAACUGUAAGUAAAACUUCUAGUAAAUCUAAUCCAAAUUCUAAAGUAAACACUGUUAGUUCAGUAAAUGGUAAUAAUAGUGUCAGUUCAAUUAAUAAUGUUGUGGAUUGUCCAGUUGAAUCCAACAUUAUUUCAACAACAACAGCAAAUGUCCAUAGUGGUUUAGCACCUGUUGUUGUAACACCUGCUUCUAAUCAUUUGAUCAAUAAUAACAUGGUAUUUGUAGCAGUUCCUUAUGCCCCUAUGAACACCAUGAUUCCUACCACCUCUACAAAUCCAUUUUUCAAUCUUGUUGGCGUUUCAAUGCCACAACAAAUAACUGUAACACAACAAACUUUUUCAAACAGUAUUAAUAAAGCCAGUCUUAAAAAUGAUACAUCACCUAUUUGGCAUGAUAAUGCUAAUGAGAAUGGAAAGGACAAAACAAAAAAUAAGAGUACUGACACACAUGAGGAAGAAUUUAAUGCAGAUGUUGAUAGAGUUAACACAGAUGUGAAUAGCAGUGACUCAGAUGUUGGAAAUACUGAUACAGAAUCAAGUGCCACUGAUGAAUAUGUACCUAAAGUUAUACAAAAACCUAGUGUUAAAUUAGAAAAAGUGAAAAAGAACACUAAAACAACUAAAAAAAUUGAUUAUGAAUAUGAAGUGAUUGAACAAGAUAGUGAUUGUAAUAUAUUAGUUUUAAAAUUAUAGUGUUAAUAUCCCUGAUGCUUCAUGUCUGUCUGCAUGUUUAUAGUUAAGUCUGUCUGUAAAAUAAGAAUACUAAACUCUGAUUUUUCAUUCUGUAGAAUUGUGACAUUUCAUAAGUGUUACUACUAAAAAAAAUCUCCACCGAAAAAGGGACACAUUUGACUCAUUAGAGGGCAAUAACAAAAUAAAAUGCUAUGUGUUCUUUAUGUUUUACCUACAAAAAGGUAAACCUAAAUAUUUACAAAAAGAAGAAAUAUUUAAAUAUCAUGAACAAUAUAUUGAAUAAACUUUAAUUACUUUAUUAUAUUGUUUAUCUGCAUCACUGCUUACUAAUUCCAGGUAUAGUUAACAUAAAAAAAAACUUAUAACUUGUGCGUUCUUUACUGUUUAUUAUGAAAAGGGACGUAAAUAUCAUUCGCCGUAAAACCACUUAAUGUGAAGCACCGCACUUAAUAAAGUGGAUACAUUCACAUGUAUAAACUUACAUGUUCAGAUUCGUAUUGUUAUUUAAAAAAUGUGCCCAGCCAAAAAGGUUUGUUAUCCAUGACAUGUCAAAAUGAUAGCUGUCAGAAUUCUACAGAAUUCAAAAUCAGAGUAUAGUUAUGUGUUAAGACUCAAUUGUAACAAUUAUGUAAAAUAUCUUUUUUUUAAACGAUGGUUACACAAUUGUGUAGCGCAAAUUAGACUCACUUUUUUGUAUUUUGCCAUGAAGUAAAAUAUUAAGCAAUCACUGUUCAGCUAUGUAAGUACAUGUAUGACUAUUUGAGACUGUAACAAAUUGUCAAUGUGCUCAAAUUGGCUUAUGCAGAUUCUAACAUAAGUUUUAGUUGGACUACAACAUCAUGUCUUUAAGGAAUUUUUUCUCAUUAUUUUCUCAAUUUUAUCAACAAAAUAGAAAUCUUACCAAGCCAACUAGAAAGAAAGAGAAGAGAGUAUAUUGUACUGAAAUCAUGGUUUUUUAUUGCUUAAAAGCCGCACAGAGAUUGUUAAAUCGUUAUAUAUUAAACAGUUAUACAUGCGUUAUAAAGAAUUUCAUAUUUGCCAAACAAGAUUUACAAUAUGUUGCUUUUUAAUUGCAAUACAUUCUAAACAAAUUAUAUUUUCAAAAGCUACACAUGUUUUUUUUUAAAUAAUGCAACAGACAUAAAUUUUUUAUUAUACUUCGUACCAAAUUUUUUGUUACAUCGUCUCUUUAUUUCUGCAUGUAUAUUAAUGAACUUGAUUUAAGUUUUCUCAAAAGAAAACUCUUAAAUGAGUUGGUAAAUU